CAAUUUCAGGAGAUAUUUCAAGAUGGCGUCUCGCAAUAGCAGUUCUGACGCACAGCUUGAAUUUGUAUUAGAGGUUCCUUUUCCAUCUCAGAGGGAAGCAUCCAUUGCUCUGCAGGCUUUGUCUCCUGAUCAGGAGCCUAGAAGGAGGGGCAUCACAAAAACUCUUGGUGCUUCAGCAUGCACACUGUCUGCAAAAUGGACUGCUGAUGAGGCCCGUAUUCUUCGUGUAUCAGUAGGAUCAUUUUUAGAUCACCUGGCACUGGUGAUUGAAACUAUGGAUGUGUUUGGACAGCCUGUCCUGCAGUGAAACAAACCUGUUAAAAAGAAAUGUUACAAUGGACAGUCAGCUAAUUCAAACAAGAGAAUUGCACUGAAGGUCUCUUCAGCACUGCUGAACAUUUUCGGGAUGUUUAAAGAUUUGUCAUUAAGAGAACUACAGAUUACCUUCAGUGAGUUUGUCACUCAUGAAUUACUCAUUUGAAUGUGUUAUUAUUAGUAGAUAGAUAUUUUAAAUCUUCUGCCUUCAUGUACUAAAAAGAUGUCCUCUCUGAAAUUAUGGACUUCUGUUGAAUACAAAUUAUGGGUGGAAAGCUUCUUGUGGUUAUAAUAAACUCAGUAGACAGUUUGA